AUGGCAAAGAGAACUCGGCUCAGAAGAGAUUCAUCUCCUAACUCCGAAAGCGAUAAUGAAUCCAGCUCAGACUCAAAUUCGAAUUCGGAUUCUGACUCGAACGACAGUUCAGAAGCUGAGCCCGAGCCACGUUACCAAAGACGAAAAGAUUUGCGAUGGCUACAUGCCGGAUUAUUUAAAGAUGCCAAGGGAGCAACCAAAGAUGUGUGGUACGCGUUCAAAAAGAACAAGUGGGGACGAUACCAAAUAAUUUACGCCUCAGACUGGAUGGGAACUUCUUUCAAGAAUCUCAAUGUCGGCCGGAGAAAGAGCGACCUCAUCACAUGGGAUAAGCACCACUUUGAUAAAUGGUCCCGGUUCAUAACUUCCAGAGGAACCUGGGUUCGCAAACGUGCGAUGGUAGGCAGAGCAGUUCAAAGAGACACUCUCUUGCAGACUUGGCUCGAUCCUAACAGUCCGAAUCACUAUCGGCACGGAAAGGAAAAGGACAGAAACCUCGGUCCUCCUCUUAAUGUUAUCCAUACUACAGAUGACUAUUCAUCCAAAGGAUCUGUACCGAUACCAGUUGUGGAAGUUGAAACAGGUCCAGAAGAAUGCUAUCCUGCUACUACCAUACCCUUAUCGACAAUCAGAAUCGCAGUUGGGGCAUUCAGAGAGUAUGAUAAAAACCCCUUGACAGUCAUCGCCGACUUCCUUACAGGUCAAUUGGCGCGACACGUCAAAUUCAGACAUCAAAAGACAGGUCGGAAUGAUCAAAUUGAGUCUGCGUUCUACGAUUGUGGUUGGAGAAUAAACCGAAGAGCGCUUGAAAAAACAAAUGACAGCAUACUCUUAGGCAAGGUCGAGAACGCAUUUCAGUCAAAAUCAUGGCGCCGAGAACCGCCGCUUUGGGUGGACCGAUUCAAAGGAGACAAGCUGAACAUAAUGAUAACGCAAAUGAGAGACGACAUGGGCGAGCACGCAGAUUCUGGGGAGAGUUCUGGCUCUGAUGACCCCAGCUCGACAACUCCCGAGACAACCGCCGAUUCAAAUGCCGAGAAUGAACAAGACAGAUAUGUGAUCGCUCACACUGCAGCUGGGCCAAGUAAAGUCUCCAGAAAGUGGUCCAAGUCGAGCCGAGUCGCUACUGCGAAGAAUGGCCAGAAGAGGUUGUGGAAAAGCAUCGAAAAGGGAGAAGACAAAGACUCUACGGAUGAGGAGUUAGGCUUCCUCCCAGAAAACUCCAAGGAAAAGGGUAAAGGUAGAGCUAUUAGGAAGGUGAAGAGGCCGCGGAAACAAAUCGCAGAGGUCAGUAGCGAUGAAGAAGACGAUCAAGAAGAAGACGAAGAGCAAAUGCAAGCUGCAGUUGGAGAGCCUCCUGCUCGCUCUGGUUUUGCAAAGUCUUCAAACCCGACUAUUCAUAGUAUGGCCUUUGCCGACGAUGAUUCAGAUAUCGAGAUCCUGGAGUACAAGAGUACUCCUGUGGGCGUCAAGGCCGAAUUCACAAUGAGUCAUAAGUGCAGGGGCUAUCAGCAGAAUGCUGACUUCAUGUUGCAGGACUACGAUGCAUAA